AAAUUGGAUGAGGAAGAAGAUGAUAACAAGCAACCACUAGAAGAAGAGAAAGAGAAACAGAAAUUGGAGGAGGAAGAUGAUAACAAACAAUCACAAGAACGAACAACCAAUUAUGAAGAUUUGGAUGAUGAAUUGACCGAUGAGGAGUUUCAGACGUACAUCAAAAAGGUGAACGAGAGCGAGGUGUACACAACAUUCUCUUUUGUUAAUGCGUUAAUUGUUUCUUAA